UUCUCACAAAUCCACCUCACAACUAUCGGGCGGUUGUAAUCAAUUUUCGUGGAUGCUCGGAAUCUCAUAUUACUUCACCAAAGCUAUACUCGGCUGCGUCCACUAACGACUUGAGAACAGUUUUACGCUAUAUCCAAGAAACUAUUCCGAAUGCAUCAUUGAUCGCAAUCGGUUUUAGCAUGGGCGCAAACGUUCUGGUUAAGUAUCUCGGAGAGGAAGGAGAUAAGACACCGUUGAUCGGAGCUGCUUCGGUCGGUAACCCUUUUGAUAUUUUAGGAGGAAGCAAGUAUCUGACAUCAACAUAUAUUGGGAAAUAUUUAUAUUCUCCAGCAAUGGCAAAUAAUCUUAAACGGUGUCUCAGAAGGCACGUGGAUGUCAUGAAACAAGACACGAAGAUCGAUCUUGAUCAUAUCUUUUCCGCGUUUUAUUUACGUGAUUUCGAUUCGCGGUUAACGGCUGUCAGUUUUGGCUAUGAGACUGUAGACCAUUACUAUCGGGAUGCUAGUAGUUCCCAGUAUAUAACUAAAGUUCGAAUACCUUUGCUAUGUCUUAAUGCCGAAGAUGAUCCUAUCUGUUCAAUGGAUUGGGUACCGAUAGAUGAGAUCAAGUAUAAUCCGUAUUGCAUUUUGGCUACUACGUAUUAUGGUGGCCACCUUGGGUGGUUUACAGGGGUUUUGAAUCCUACAAGGUGGUGUGUAAAACCUUUGAGCGAAUAUUGUAUUGCUAUACUUGAGGCAAAGCAUCCCACAAAAAAGUCAACAAAGUCGGAAAAACCAUUUUCUGUUGACGAGGAGAAAAUGGCUAAAAAGAUUCAAUAA